AUGCCAUCAUCGCAAUCCAUUUGCUCGAUCUUGCUGGCCUUUGGCCUUCUCUUCCAUGUAGCUUAUGGAAGUGGUAUAUCUGCAAGGGAAGAUACACGGUCAAUAGAAGUUAUCGGUUAUCGAACCGUUUCUAGCACGGAAGCCAGUAUGGUGAGCCGGUACCACAGGGUUUCCACAGGUAGUUACGAGUUGACCGACCGCAACCAAAUAGGAAACGGCCUCUAUCUCGUAAACAAACAUCCUGGUUGGAGUACGAAAGAGAAUGAUGACACAUGGUUUUGUUCCAUCAGCGCGAACUCCAAAGCGUAUAAAGACGCCACCAAAGUAUGGAUCCCAAGGAAAGCAAAGAGCGCUGCGAGCCGGCGACGAGAGGUAUUAUGGUUCCAAGAUGAAAAAGUUAUCCUCAAUUAUAUUACGUCAAAGGCGCCCGGAUCCCCGGGGAAGGCAGUACGCUUUUCAUAUAUUCCAAACACCUUUGGAGAUUGGCAAAUGGUUAUCCCAGAUGAAUUGAUAGAGAGCGACGAAUUAGGACUAUCGAUGACAUGCUUCGAUUCAAAGAGGAAGCUCAAAGAUUAUUCAAUCAAACCAUACCAGGAAUGGAAGGGAUUGGGUAUUAUUGGAGGUCCUAAUUCCAAGAAGUGGUUUUCUCGGUGGCGUUCGUCUUAA